AUGAGGUUAGAAUUUCUCUUUCUCUUAGUCCUUUGCACUUUUGCACUAGAUACAAGUAGCUGCCGUAAAAUAACUUGUGGGAGUGGAACCACAACAGGAGCCUGCGAGACUGUAAGCACAUCAUCUAUUACAUUUACCCCAUGCGCCAGUGGUUUAAUAUGUAACAGUGAUUUUUCAGAUCUACAAACAACAGCAGAAUUCACAGCAUCCCAAUGCAUUACUAGGCCAAGCACAAUGUGCACUGAGACCAGCUCAAGUUCAAACCUGAAGCAAGGCGAUUGCUGCACCUAUUAUAAAGACUGUGCAAGUGACUGGUGUUACAAUGGCAGGUGCGAAACAGCUUGCUUUAACUAUACUGGCUCUUCCAAAGGGCCAGCUGGAUCUUGCUGCAGUGUAAACUCUUAUUGUGCUAGUGGAUCAUGUGACUCUGAUGGAUAUUGCGUCGGAAUUCAGGAUGGUGGCACCUGUACAGCUGACGAAGACUGUUUUCCUAACUAUUAUUGUGAUUCAUACCAUAAUUAAAUAACAGCACCUGCAUAAAGCCUAUAUAAAAAUAAAUUCUUUCAAAAAUAAGAUAUUGUUUUUAAUAGAAAUUUUUAGGAGAACUUUUUGGGACGGCAAAAAUACUGAAGGCUCUCUGCAAAAAACUGCAAGGCCAGUAAAAAAAUAGCAAAGCCAAGCAAAAAAAUGCAAAACUUGCAAAAUUUUUGCAAGUUUUGCAAAAACAUUGGACAAAAGCAAAAGCAAUUUAAAAAAAAAAGCAAAGCCAUGCAAAAAUUUAAAAAAAAAAAAAAAAAAAAUUUCGCAAAGCAGGCAAAAACUUUUGCAGGGUGGCAAAAAAGUUGCAAAAAUUGGCAAAAAUCACGAUUAGAAAAUUUAACAGUAAAAUUUAAUAAUUUAUUGGAAGUGUAGUACAAUGUUAAAUUAUUUAAAAAACAUAUAAUAUAGAAAAAAUAGAAAUUAAUUUCGUUAAAUAAAUGAUAAAGUUUAAUACAAAUAUCUUUUAAAGAAUUUUCUAAAAGCAUGACUUAAAAAUUUUCAAAAUUUGGAAAAUUUAAUUUUGGCAAAAUUUUAAAAUGAGAUACAACAAAGUGUUUUGCCAAAAUUAAAUUUUCCAAAUUUUUAAAAUUCUUAAGUUAUGUUUUUGGAAAAUUCUUUAAAAGAUAUUUGUAUUAGACUUUAGCAUUUAUUUCACGAAAUUAAUUUCUAUUUUUUCUAUAUUAUAUGUUGUUUGAAUAAUUUAACAUUGUACUACACUUCCAAUAAAUUAUUAAAUUUUACUGUUAAAUUUUCUAAUCGUGAUUUUUGCCAAUUUUUGCAACUUUUUUGCCACCCUGCAAAAGUUUUGCCUGCUUUGCGAAAUUUUUCAUUUUUUUUUUAAAUUUUUGCAUGGCUUUGCUUUUUUUUUUAAAUUGCUUUUGCUUUUGUCCAAUGUUUUUUUGCAAAACUUGCAAAAAUUUUGCAAGUUUUGCAUUUUUUUUGCUUGGCUUUGCUAUUUUUUUACUGGCCUUGCAGUUUUUUGCAGAGCCUUGCAGUAUUUUUGCCGUCCCAAAAAGUUUCUCCAAUUUUUAGUAUCAAUACUUGUAUAAUAUCAUCUGGAAGCUGCAAAGAAUCAAAAGGCAAAGAAGACCCAUGCACACGCAGCAAUCAAUGCGGUAUAGGUUUCUUCUGUAGCGCGACUGAUGGGACAGGGCUUUGCUAUCAGCUGUAUUCUCAAGAUUUAGGACAUAAAACACAAACCGAGCUGAUAUGCAAAAGUGGAUAUAUGAGCAAUGGAAUUUGCGAUUCCAUCGACGUCUAUGUAGGUACCAAAAAACUAUCAGAGCCUUUUAGAUGCAAUAUUGGAGACACUUGUACAUAUAAGUCAAACCAAAAAGGAACAGUAAUUUCUACAGGCCCUUGCUACUGCGACGGAGUAGGUACAGAUCAAGGCUAUUGUGGUGAUAUGAUAGAGUAUGCAACUGAAGUUUUAGAUACAAUGAGAAAGAAAUUAAGAUAUACAUCAUCACAAUGCUCAGGGGCAAAUUCGCAUACGUUGGAUUGGGAUAUACUUUCUCUUUGUGAAUCAGUGUCAACAGAGCUUUAUACUUAUUAUUUGUACUCAUUAGAGCAAGCACAGUAUUGGACUAUUUAUCAAUCAGGAGCAUAUACAUAAAAAUGGUGAUGACUUACCACCCUACCUCUCGACCCUAUUUCCUCAACAGCAGCAGGCAACGGCUUAGUGUUGGAGAUUUAGGUGGAAAGAGGCCGGUAAUCCUUUAUGUAUGUCGGCUCGGACCUUAGGGAGCUAAUCCCUGACUUAGAGUUUUUCCUCCAUACAAUUAUUGGAAAGGGUAAGGUCGGCCCAUGUCUGUGUACCCACAGACACUGAAGACGGUAUUUGCCUAAUGAGAAACUGGGAAUUCCGACCAGUGUCCGUCGAGCCUCCUCGGGAGGGAUGAACGUGUAGGGGUGGAAAUCCCCAGCCUUCAAGAUGAACGGCAUAACAUAAUCUUAAUCUUAAUUUAUCAAUCAGGAGCCAUUGAUAGCUGCCUCUUGGACUUAGGGCUUUUUGAUCCUGGCUAUGACGAAGGAUCAUAUGACUCAGCUGCAUUACUAGCUGCAGGAUUUGCCUUUUUAAUUUUAGCUUAG